GUGUGUGUGUGUGUGUAUGUGUGUGCGUGCGUGAGUGCGACCGCCGACCUUGCAGAGGGGGGAUGGCUGCGUGCGGGAGGCACUUGCCACUUCUGGGCGCGCGCGCGCGGCCCGAGCUGCGGCUCCCCGGAGCGGAGCAGCACAUGGAUUAAUUGAUGGGCGUUGAGUUUAUGGAGCUCCCAUGUGUAUGGCCUGCUCCUGCGCUUUCUACAACUCUUAAGAAGAAAAAGAGAUCCCAGAAUUAAGGAAGAUGCCUCGAACCAAGCAGAUCCAUCCCAGAAACCUAAGAGACAAAAUUGAAGAAGCACAGAAAGAACUUAAUGGGGCAGAAGUGUCAAAGAAAGAAAUCUUAGAGGCUGGCAUAAAAGGAGCUUCAGAAUCCCUGAAAGGUGUGAAGCGGAAAAAGAUCGUAGCUGAGAAUCACCUGAAGAAAAUACCCAAGUCCCCGCUGAGAAAUCCUCUCCAGGCGAAACACAAGCCGAAUGCAGAAGAGCCGUCCUUCCCUGUUCUUCAGAGAGCGUCCGAGCCCUCCAAGAACCAGAGCCACAGCCCUGCGAAGAAUGGGAAGCAGCCUGCCAAACCCAACGGGGCUGCUCCGGGGGUCACCGCAGAGGCCUCCAAGUUAGCCGAAUCUGUGUCCCCCAAGAAGCCUGUCUUUCUGCAGCACCCGUCAGAGCUGCGUCGGUGGCGGUCAGAGGGCUCGGAACCCUCCAAGCUCAACUUCCUCGAUGGAAAAUGUGACUCGAGUUCUUUGUGCGGCAAAAGCAGAACUGACCACAGUGAAUGUAUCUCCUCGAACGGCAGCACUACUUCCUCCUCGUACACGAGCACCGCCUUUGAUGUCUUACUGAAAGCAAUGGAGCCCGAACUGAGCACCUUGUCCCAGACGGGCUCGUCCUGUGCAGUUAAGAUAGAGAAACUGAGACCAAAUAAGACGCCACAGACCCCUUUGCAGCUGAAGAACUGUUCCGUGGAUGCCCUCGAUCAGACGUCCCAAGGAUUUGGUAUCGAGUCCCAGGCUGCUUCUGGGACCGCGUACCCCUUGCAAGCGUCAGCCGCUCAGAGGAGGGAGCCAGCAGCAGGGCCGCUCGCCUCUCAGUCAUACAGUGAACACUUAGUUUCUACGCCAAACCAGCGGCAGCAGCAGCCUGCAGUAUGUCCGGGUGUCACCAGAGCACUGGUGCAGAGUCAAGAGAACACCAAACUUGAACCAGUUUGUAACAUAGUAGUCACGUCCUCUGUCGGUCUGACUUCACCUCCCAGUAGAACUCAGGUUACUCCUCCAAACCAGCAAAUGGACUCUGUUUCCCCCAUGUCAGUAAGCCCGGCCCAUCCCACGCAGUCGCCCCCCACGCCAGUUUAUAACUCAACCCCCGUCGCCUCUGUCGUCAAUCACAGCAUGGAGCAAAUGUGCAAUCUUCUUCUGAAAGAGCAGAAGCCCAAGAAGCAAGGGAAAUACAUUUGUGAAUAUUGCAAUAGAGCUUGUGCGAAGCCCAGCGUGCUUCUGAAACAUAUCCGCUCCCACACCGGCGAGCGCCCCUACCCCUGCGUGACCUGUGGAUUUUCCUUUAAGACUAAAAGUAAUCUCUACAAGCACAAAAAGUCCCACGCCCACACUAUCAAACUGGGCCUUGUCUUGCAGCCGGACACAGGUGGUUUGUUCCUGUCGCACGAGUCUACCAAAGCACUUAGCCUCCAUUCAGACGUCGAAGACAGUGGGGAGAGCGAGGAGGACGGCACUGCUGAUGACAGACAGAAUGAUUCUGGCUCCGUGGACCUGCAGCCCGGGCAGAUCACGAGAACGACCCCGGGUUCCGAAGCAUUACCCACGUCGGGUCCCACGCCAAGCCAUGCAGAUCAUGUGGCCGGUGAGCUUCCGCUGCAGGACAGGGCUUCAGAAUCCCAGGGGGUGACCGAAUUACCGAAAGUUGUGGUCCACCCUGUCCACCUGUCCCCUCUGAGAGGCGAGAGCCCAAAGGUUCUGGAUGCGAAGCCUGAUCUUCCCAGUGUGAAACAGAAGGACCUUCAGGUCACCAGUGGACUGUCACAGGCAGCCUGGGUGUCCUCCCUCGAGACGGGCGAGAAGGUCCGGCAGACGGCGGAGAUGAGCCAGCCGGAAGGCAAGCAGGAAGCACACGUCGGAACGGUGCACGCCCAGCUGCAGAGGCAGCAGGCGACCGACUUCUCCCAGGAGCAGCAAGGAAAACUCCUUCUGAGCCCGCGCAGUCUGGGAAGUACCGAUUCGGGUUACUUCUCCCGUUCUGAGAGUGCCGAUCAGACAGCAAGCCCGCCCACCCCCUCCGCCAGGACAUUCCCCGCCACCGACCACGACUCAAGUAAGAAUAACGGACCCCCUGCACCUCGUGUUAACACGCCAGCACUUUCCCCGGUGCCAGCUGGGGACAAAGCCCUGCAGCCAGGUUCCAUGCGCCCACCGUUGGCCACAAAAACCCUGGAAGAACGAAUCUCAAAGCUAAUCUCAGACAAUGAAGCCUUGGUAGACGAUAAGCAGCUGGAUAGUGUCAAACCCCGGAGAACCUCUCUCUCGAGGCGAGGAAGUAUCGAUUCCCCCAAAUCAUACAUAUUUAAGGACUCUUUCCAGUUUGACUUGAAACCAAUGGGACGGAGAACCAGUUCAAGCUCUGACAUACCAAAGUCCCCCUUUACCCCUACUGAAAAAUCGAAGCAAGUAUUUCUUCUCUCCGUUCCUUCCCUUGACUGUUUACCUAUCACCCGAAGUAAUUCUAUGCCCACCACCGGUUAUUCCGCAGUACCUGCAAGCAUAAUACCUUCCCCCCAUCCGUUGAGAGGAAGUCAGUCAUUUGAUGACAAAAUUGGGACUUUCUAUGAUGAUGUCUUUGUAUCAGGACCUAACACUUCCGUGCCCCAAAGUGGACACCCCCGUCCCCUUGUCCGACAGGCAGCCGUAGAAGACUCCUCCACCAAUGAAAAUCAUGUUCUUGGUACCGGGCAGUCCCUGGACGAGAGCUACCAGGGCUGCGGUGCCACCAAUGAAGUCGUAUCCGCAAGGAACAAGGUGUUGACGCCAGGACAUCUGGAGAAAAAGAAGUCUCACCAGGGCCGAGGCACGAUGUUCGAGUGUGAAACGUGUAGGAACAGGUACAGGAAACUGGAAAAUUUUGAGAACCACAAGAAGUUUUAUUGUUCAGAGUUACACGGACCUAAAACGAAGGUACCCAUGAGAGAGCCCGAACACGGCCCCGUGCCCGGUGGCACCCAGCCUCAGAUUCUACACUACAGAGUGGCUGGUUCCACAGGGGUCUGGGAGCAGACACCCCAGAUCAGGAAAAGGCGAAAGAUGAAAAGUGUCGGAGAUGAAGAUGAGCUCCAGCAAAAUGAAAGUGGAUCUUCUCCCAAAAGCUCCGAGGGCCUCCAGUUUCAGAACUGCGUGGGCUCGGGGUCCACUGUGCCUCGGCAUACUGUUUCCAUCACCGGUGACCCGCAGCCCAGAAGUAUCCAGUUGCAGAAUCCCCAGAUUCAGCUUGUGCCCAGGGGCCCUGACCAGAGCCUGGACCCCAAGUUGUCUACCAUCCUGGAGCAACAGGUGAAUGCAGUGGCCGCCCCAGAGAAGGUCGAGAUGAAGCGACACGGUGCUGGGAUCUCGGUCAUCCAGCACACGAACUCACUGAGCAGACCCAGUUCCUUCGACAAGCUCGAGUCUUUGGAGAGAGGCUCCCCCGUUUCUCUCCAGGACCUGAGCAGGCCAGGAAAGCUUGGGACUCUGAAGGUGAUGGGAAUCUCCCCAGAAGAAGGCCGCCCUUGUCAGAACGCACCUCCUGCCCGGUCAGAUGUCCUGAAAGGAGAGCUUCAGGAUGGCCCGAGGAAGGUGGCAAAUGAGCGGCAUGUUUUAGGGCAGCCGUCCAGGCUGGUUCGGCAGCACAAUAUUCAGGUCCCAGAAAUUCUGGUCACCGAAGAACCGGAUCGGGAUUUAGAAACCCAAGGCCACGAUCAUGAGAAAUCAGAAAAAUUCAGCUGGCCCCAGCGUAGUGAGACCUUGUCGAAAUUGCCAACAGAGAAGCUGCCGCCCAAGAAGAAGAGGCUCCGUCUCGCCGAGAUCGAGCAUUCCUCCACCGAAUCAAGUUUCGAUUCCACUCUCUCCAGGAGUCUAAGUAGGGAGAGCAGUUUGUCACACACUUCAAGUUUCUCAGCUUCAUUGGACAUAGAGGAUGUUUCUAAAUCUGAGGCUUCCCCCAGAAUUGAUUUUCUAAAUAAAGCAGAGUUUCUCAUGAUGCCAGCAGGCUCUAAUACACUUAAUGUUCCUGCAACUCUCAGGGAAAUGAGGCGUGCUGCGUCCGAGCAGAUUAGUUGCAUGCAGACAUCGAUGGAGGUCUCUGAUUUCAGAAGUAAAUCUUUUGACUGUGGGAGCAUAACUCCACCCCAGAAAACACCACUCGGUGAAAUGCAGCCUCCAACAUCUCCUUCUGGCAUGGGGGUCUCGGGGCACGUGCCUCUGUUAGAGAGAAGGAGGGGUCCACUGAUACGGCAGAUCUCUUUAAGCAUAGCUCCGGAUAGUGCUCUGUCUCCUGUGAACCCGAGUUCUUUCCAAGCUCUGGCUCUUCCCAGAGUGAAUGUGGUGCCCCUCCAGGGACCUCAGCUCACUAAUACAUCCUUCGCUGAGUUUCCAGCAAAUCCUCUGUACGCCCAAACUCAAGUUAAGGAUCUGCAAACCGAAAUGUCCAAUUCCAGCUCUGCUAGCGUCUUUCCCGUCCAACAACUUUUUGGUAUCAGUGUGUUAAAUCAAAUCCAUACACCUGUGAGCCAGCAGAGUGCACGGCAAGUGUCUCCACAGAGUGUCAGGCAGGAGUCAAGUCCCAGUUUAUGUGUACCUUCUCAAAGGGAGGAUUGUUUUGCCCCCAAGUAUCAACUUCAGUGUCAAGUUUUCACUUCAAACCAGUCCUACUCUUCGAAUUCCGUCCAACCUUUGCCAAAUCAAGUGCUGGCAGACCCAGGUCAGGGCAACCCUCAUGCCCCUUCUUUGGCAUUACCAACCAAAUUGGUAGAUGCCAUGUCCAGUUCAUGCCCUCUGCCACCACUGACCCUCGGGCCACUCAGUGGUCAGGUGCAGAAGGUGCCACCGUCAUUUACACCACCUGUGCACCUGCAGAGUAACGUUCCAGCUUACUCUUUUGCCACAGUCACACCGCUGCCACAAAUCCUGGUGACCCAAGAUCUAUCCAGUCAGCCUCUUUGUCAGGCUAAUCAGAGUAUCGUGCCAGCGGGUGAACAAAAUGCCAUGCCAAAAUCACAGAAAGAUCAUCAAAGUGCUUUGCCAAACCCAAAGGAUGAACUUGUUUGCAAAAAUGUUUUUUCAGAGAUGGACUCCAAUUCUUCUGUGUCGGAACCUUUGCCCCUAGCUCAGAAAAUGUCUGUCGGUAGACUGUCCCCACAGCAAGAAUCUUCUGCUUCCAGUAAAAGGAUGCUUUCUCCAGCAAAUAGUUUAGACAUUGCCAUGGAAAAGCACCAGAAACGCGCUAAGGAUGAGAACGGAGCUGUGUGUGCAGCAGAGACCAGGCCAUUGGAACCCUUGAGUUCAAAAGCCAACGAAGUGAAACAGAAAAAACCCGUUUUAGUGAGACAGGUUUGUACUACAGAACCUCUCGAAGGUGUGAUACUGGAACAGGAUGUGUUUUUCCAGCCCAAAAUUAGUGGCGAAGCUAGUAAUUUGACAGAUGUUUUACCAGCCGAUAAUUUAUCAACAGGGCACUCCAAGACUGUAACUGUAGAACCUAUAAAAGAAUUGCAGGAGACUGAAAGUGUCAAGUCAUCCACAUCACUAACCCUUAGAGUUAAAAACUCACCUGUCCUUUCAGAAAAUGCUCACGUUUCCCCUUUGGAAUGUAUAGACAAUAACCAUGAAAGGAAGUCUGAAAGGAUUAAAAAUCAAGGCGACAAAGUGCACACCCCAGAACAAAGUCAGCUGCCGACUACCAUGCUCUCCGUCCUCGACGCUGGAGAUAGCCGGCCCCUGCCUUUCCCCAGCCUGAAGACGACAACCAGCUUUACGUGGUGUUACCUGUUACGACAGAAGACAUUGCACCAGCUGCAGAGUGACCAGAAGACAUCAGCAUACACAGAUUGGACGGUCAGCGCCAAUAACCCAAAUCCACUUGGCUUGUCUACAAAAGUCGCUCUUUCGCUUCUCAAUUCAAAACAGAAGACAGGCAAGUCCCUGUAUUGUCAAGCAAGAACUACCCAUUCCAAGUCCGAUUUAUUGGUCUAUUCAAGCAAGUGGAAAAGCAACUUAAGCAAGAGAGCAUUAGGUAAUCAAAAGUCCACAGUAGUUGAAUUCAGCAAUAAAGGUGCCUCUGAAAUUAACAGUGAGCAAGAUAAAGAAAAUUCGUUAAUCAAAAGUGAACCAAGAAGAAUUAAAAUAUUUGAUGGAGGAUAUAAAUCAAAUGAAGAGUAUGUGUAUGUCCGAGGCAGGGGAAGAGGAAAGUACAUUUGUGAAGAAUGUGGAAUACGUUGCAAGAAGCCUAGUAUGCUCAAGAAACACAUACGAACCCAUACGGACGUCCGCCCCUACCACUGCACUUACUGUAACUUUUCCUUUAAGACUAAAGGAAAUCUGACAAAACAUAUGAAGUCCAAGACACAUAGCAAGAAAUGUGUGGAUUUAGGCGUCUCAGUAGGUUUAAUAGAUGAACAAGAUGCGGAAGAAUCAGAUGAAAAGCAGAGAUUCAGUUACGAGAGGUCUGGAUACGACCUUGAGGAAUCCGAUGGCCUGGAUGAGGACGACAAUGACAACGAAGACGAUGAUGACGACAGCCAGGCCGAGUCGGUCCUGUCGGCAGCGCCCUCGGUCACGGCCAGCCCGCAGCACCUCCCCUCCCGGGGCGGCCUGCAGGACCCCGCCGCCCCCGACGAGGACAUCCGAAUCAGCGACUGCUUCUCUGGAGUCCCCGCCGACUCCAUGGACAUCCUGCCUCGAGCGCUGCCCACCAAGAUGACCGUGCUGAGCGCGGUGCCACCCCUCUGCGCCCGCAACACCGAGUCGCCAGCGCAGGUGCGGCCGCCCAGGGAUGAAGGAAGCGCGCAUCCUCCGCCCCGAGACUCCCCCAGGUCCCCGGCGGCCGCGCCCAGGUCCCCCUGUCACCCGAUGUCUGUCGAGGGCCCCGAACCCGAAGACCGGAGGAGCUCGGAGGCAGCAAAGGCCGUCGCGGUGACACAGGGCCCCUCAGCGCUGAGACGCCCUCCCGGGACGGAGCCCAGCCCUCAUCACGCUGCUGUCGGGACCCCUCCCGCAGCGUCCCCGCAACCAGGCGCCCCAGAGCAGAAGCCCCCGCUCACGCUGCAGCCCGCGCUGGGGCUGCCCGCUCCCCCGACCCAUCUCUUCAGCCACCUGCCUCUGCAUUCCCAGCAGCCCUCGAGGACUCCGUAUAACAUGGUUCCCGUCGGGGGCAUCCACGUGGUCCCGGCCGGCCUCACCUACUCCACGUUCGUGCCCAUUCAAGCGGGGCCCAUGCAGCUGACGAUUCCUGCCGUCAGCGUCAUCCACCCCGCCGUGGGCCCCGCCGAGGACAGCGUCACAGAAGCUCCUGGCCCCGCCAACCCCGCCGCCGGAGUGUCGGAGUUAAGCAGCGUCGUGCCGUGCAUCCCCAUCGGCCAGAUCCGCGUGCCGGGCCUGCAGAAUCUCAGCACGCCCGCCCUGCAGCCCCUGCCGUCGCUGAGCAUGGAGACCGUCAACAUCCUGGGCCUGGCCAACACCAACAUCGCCCCCCCGGGGCACCCGCCGGGGCUGGCGCUCAACGCGGUGGGCCUGCAGGUCCUGACGGCGAACGCCCCCUCCCCAAGCAACCCCCCGCCCCCGGCGCACAUCCCCGGCCUGCAGAUCUUGAACAUCGCCUUGCCCACUCUCAUCCCGUCCAUGAGCCAGGUCACCGUGGACACGCAGGGGGCUCCUGACGCGCCCACCUCCAGCAGCCGUGCCCGCGCGCUGACGCCCGCAGCAGCAGCAGCAGCCGCCGUAGCAGCGGGCAGCACCCAGCAGGGGAGCAGGACAGCAUCGCCUCAGGGGUCGCCGCAGGUGCAGCGAGAAAAUGCAAAAAACGUCCCGGAUGCUGCUGCCCCCGCCAGGGACCAGGCGAGGCCCGAUGGCUCGAGUCCAGUGGACGCCGUGAGGGCUGCCUUAGUCAAUCAUGUGAAGCCCAAGCCGGACCCCACUUCCACACCGGGCCAGCCAGUGUCCCUGCCCCCGCUGUCGCAGAAGGCCAGGCCGGAGGCUUUCUCGGAGCCCUUGGGCCAGCGGACUGUGUCGCCGGAGCGACAGGGGCCCCGGCCCGCAGUGCCGCCCCGCAGGCAGGCCACUGCCCAGUUCAGCGACGUGAGCAGUGACGACGAUGAGGACAGACUCGUGAUCGCCACCUAGCGGUUUCCUCCUUUCCGAGGGGGUGUGUUUGGUGGUUCAGUGGGUUUUGUUUGUUUGUUUGUUUGUUUUUUUAUAUAACACUUCAAGGUUUCUUUGAAACCCCUCCUUAAAGCACAGUUUUAUGACAUAAACUCAUGACUAAUCUUUGUGCAAUCAUGAACUUUUUGACCAAUAAUUGUUGUUUUGUGUCAGCUCCAGCCAUUUUUGUACAUGUUGUAUAGACAAUUGUGCCUUUUAGGAGUUUUAUGUUUAGAGACUGUACAGAUUGUUGAAUAUCUAUAUACAUAAAAUAUAUAUUAUAUAUGUAUAUGAAAACCAGGUAGUUAUUUGUGUUUAGUAAGAGAACCCUGUCAAAUAAAUCAAAUGAUUAAAUUAUAUGUUGCACUGUUAAAUAUAAAUUUUUAUGGCUGUUGGGCAGUUUCUGUGUAAAAAAAUUAGUAUGUAAACUCCAUAUUUAUUGUAUUCAUAUUAGUCUUUGAAAAUGGGUCUGUCCUUCUUGUGUAAGACAGUAACUUUACACUUCAGACAGAUUUUCUGUGUUAUGAAAUGUUUCAGUAAAAUCCUGUUUCAGUAAAAUCCUGUUUACUGACA